UCGACGACUCGCGGAUCGCACGCGACUCGGCCAGGUGUUCUCGCCGAACGGUUUCUCGCGUCACAAAUUCCUAUUCUAUAUUGUUGUAUUCCACGUUCGUGGUUCGUCGCGUUUGUACGUACCUCUCGAAAGAAACGACCGAUAAGAAGUAAUCAUCGGUUUAUCCCGGUUGUGAAACGGGGAUCAGGAAACAUCGACAUACACCUCAAAACGGGUUUUUCUGUCUCGUUUCCAUCUUUUUUUCGAGCAAAACUUAAAUGUAUAUACAAACGUGAAUGUAAAUACCGUCCCGUUUUCAAGUACGAAAAGUGUAAGAAGGUGCAGCCUGUCAUCACUUUAUUCCCGCACAGAUUUGCAUACUCACGAUACUGCGAUAAAAUUGGCAUAACCUUUCUGGAAAAGAAACGAUCGUUUACGAGGAAAGAUCAACUUAUCGCUCCGAAUACAUUAAAAUGCUAUUUUAUAAAUUAUGACACAUAAUAUAAUGGAGAGAGCAGUAUAUUCUUAUGACAUUUUAAUGACAGCUCUCGAUUCUCAUAAUUGUUUUUUAUCGCGUGAUUAGGCAAUACUAUUUCAAGUAGAUAUGCAUCAGGUCAAAGGAACGCUGCAGCUUUUACAAUCUCCAUCUGCCAAUGUACACAGAAGUCUGCGCUUUCUCUUUCGAAAUGAAUCUAGUUUCGUGCCUAGGAAGAUACUUGUCGUGGCAAAAUUGUCCCGGUAUCAUUUCGAAAGAUUACGGGAACCCAAGCUCAGCGAGGCCCAGCUGAAGGUGAAACUGCUAGAAAGAGGUUCGGAUUAUGAUACCAUGCUCGCCAGCCACAUGGCCACCAAAGCUGUGGAAAAUCAAGUUGUCCAGAUCUUGCAAAAGAUGAAUGUAGAGUAUAAGAUAAUAGAUAGGACAAAUUUAGAUCAUUCGCUGUUUACAUGGGCGGACUUAGUGCUGCCGGUCGGCGGCGACGGAACGUUUCUCCUAGCCUCGAAUUUAAUAUUUAACGACAAGAAACCUGUAAUGGGCAUUAAUUCGUAUCCUCAGAAGUCGGAAGGCUACCUCCUAUUGCCGGCGAAAUAUACGAAUGCCAUACCAGAAAUUUUCGAAAAGCUGAGAGCAGGGCACUACAGUAUACUCAUGCGAAGACGAAUUCGGAUCACUUUAAAGGGAGAAGAAAUAUGGCAAGCUCCCUUUCACAUGCAUGAGAAAGGGCGCAUCGUUGGCAGCGACAGAUUUUAUAUGAACGAGAGGUUUGUAAACCAGCACAGCGUACCAACAGAAUUACCGACAGAAAGGCGUCUACCUUGGUUGGCGCUUAACGAAGUUUUCAUGGGUGAAACGUUAUCGGCACGGACGAGUUCCUUACUUAUAAAGUUCGACGAGGAGCGGAAGUAUCACAAGGUGAAGGGCUCCGGUUUGUGCGUGAGCACUGGAACGGGAUCGACGUCUUGGUACAAAUCUAUACACAGCUUGAAUCAUCAAACCGUGCGGGAAAUAUUAAGCUUCGUAGAUAAGCGGAAAUUUACCAAUGACGAAAUUGAUGCGAUCUGUUCGACGUUCAAUAACAGCUUGCGGUUCGAUGCAGAGGAUUCCAAACUGUGUUAUUCCAUAAGAGAUAUGAUAAUGACCAAUGCAGUACCCGUUCCGAAAGACGUGUACACUCGCGGCUUCUGCAGAAAAGUCACCGUGAAAUCACAAUGCUUCGAUGCAGGUUUAGUUCUGGACGGUGGAAUAGCGGUCCCCUUCAACUUCGGCACCAUCGCGGAAAUAGAAACUUUUCGCGAGGAUUCUUUGCGAACUGUCAGUCUUCUUGAUUGAAUUGAUGAUUUUUAACGGAUCAGGUCAUUCGAGCAUUUGUGAUAACGCAAAUACGAAAUUUUUAACUAUGUAAAUAUCACCCCCAUAUUUUUUUAUUAAAAUUUCUGUGGAUAAACAUUUCUAAUAUAACAUAUAGAUAUUUAAUGGGAACAGGCUAUUGUAGAGGCUAUUGAAAUAAUUUAAUAAUUUGUUAGAAUUCGGGUUUUAACAGGAUUUUUCGAAGAAAACAAGCAAACUUAAUUUAAAAAAAAGAAAUUUUUGUUGAAUUGUCAUAAUAACACCAUAAAUGUCUUUUAAGACUAAAUCUAUCAAUAUGUAACAUAUAUUUGAGAUUUUAGUGUAUCAUAUGUUAUUAUUACUGUAAGUUGACAUACCUACAUAAAUACCAAAUAUUCGCAUUUGUAAGCUAGUAUGAAAAAAACAUACCAGAUUGUUACUAUUUUUUUUUAUAUACAUUUAGAAUAUUUUAGUAUACAUAAAUAGACGAACAGUUUUAUAUAUAUCAAUGUAUCUAUUCAACUCAUAUGAAUAAACUUAAAUGCAUUUUAUGUGAUAA